GUCAUUUCUUCAACGUAACAUAAACUCCCACUGAACAGUUAAAAGCGAUGUUGGCUCUCGUUGCCGUUCUCCUCCCACUCAGCCAAACCCACAUAAAGCAAAAUUGGGAACGGAACCCAAUUUAUUUCGCCCUCAACGACCACGAGCAGCGAUGGCAGACACGGAGAGCCGUAGCUCGACUUUCCCCGACAUCGUGGAGCUCAACGUGGGCGGUCAGGUGUACGUGACCCGGCUCGAGACCCUCAAGGCGGUACCCGACUCCCUGCUGUGGGCCAAGUUCAGCCAAAGUUCCCCGGAAGAGCUCCCGAAGGACGGCAAGGGUCGCUUCUUUUUCGACCGAGACGGAUUUCUGUUCCGCUACAUUUUGGACUACUUGCGGGACUCGGAGCUCUUCUUGCCCGAGUUCUUCAAGGAGAGAAGGCGGUUGCAGAAGGAGGCAGACUUCUUCCGGCUCCCGGAGCUGUCGAGUCGCCUGGCGGCCCCCAGCAAGGAGAACUCCCCCACGGAGGACGGCGGGGAGCCGGAGGAGGCUGAGCUCGCCAGCCCGACCACCACCACCAGCACCACCACCACCACCUCUUCCUCCUCGUCGUCGGACAGAACCCUGCGCUCUCCCGGCUCCGGCGGGGGCUACAUCACGGUGGGCUACCGGGGCAGCUACACCAUCGGCAGAGACAUCCAGGCGGACGCCAAAUUCCGCCGAGUGGCCCGGAUAACCGUGUGCAGCAAGAUCGGCCUCGCCAAAGAAGUGUUUGGGGACACGCUGAAUGAGAGCCGAGACCCGGAUCGAACCUCGGACAAGUACACGUCCAGGUACUACCUGAAGUACAACUUCCUGGAGCAGGCGUUCGACCGUCUGGCCGAGGCCGGCUUCCACAUGGUGGCCUGCAACUCCACCGGGACGUGCUCGUACGCCAGCAGCGACCCGGGGGAGGACAAAGUGUGGACCAGCUACACCGAGUACGUUUUCAGUCGGUGAACUUGUGAGCCAAGUGCCAGUUCGUGACUUCUUUUUUCGCAGUGUUUCACUUAUAGUUGUCGUGUUUUAUGAGUACACUUUGUCACCAAAGUGGGGGUUGAUUUCCUUAUUCGAUAAGAUAAGAUAAGAUAAUAUAUCUUUUAUUCGUCCCACACUGGGGAAAUUUACAGCCUCCAGCAGCAAGAAUGUAUGUAGAAAGAAGAAAGGAGAAAGAGAAAAAAAACCCAACAAACAUCUUUCAAUUAAAUACAAUAUGAACACAAAUGGAUAAAUCGCAGUACUAUUUACAAUUUUCCUUCACAUCAUUUGAUUAUUAUUAUUAUUAUUAUUAUUAUUAUUUGUGUCUAUUUUGUAAACGAGGAAAGAGUGCCGAUGGGGCUCAAAGAGCGCAGGAGUCACCAACCUUUUAGAUUAGGAAAUACUUCUCGGGUAGUCAAUAAAUAUCUUUAUGCAACACUUUUAUUUCUGAAACUCUUAGUUUGUGCUUAUUUAUACAGCAUUCCUUGAAAAGAAGUCCCAUCACUGGCGGCUAUUUUUUAGAUUGGGGCCACCCACAGGCUCCACAUGUUGGUGGGCCCCUGUUCUAGAGCAAGGACAUUAAGUCGUCAUGUAAAUAUGAUGUUUGGUGUUUCAAUGUACAGAAUCAUACACGUGUUAUUUUUAAAAUAACAUUCUCGGGAUACUACUACUACUACUACUACGCGUCUUGAUUUUGGAAAUUGUUUUGGGAAUAAUUGUAAUCUCUUGUUGUGUAGCUGAUACAUAUAUCAAAGAAAAAUAAAUGUUUAUCAUACAACUAAAUAAAUAACUUCAAAACUGGCAGUCAGGUUGGCUGACUGAUUCUCAGAUUUUUUUUAAAAAGCCGAAAGAGGCUGUGAUAUCUACUGUAUGAUCUGUACCGUACAUAUUUAACCAUAUUAAAGGAAAUGUGACAUGGCAA